AUGCGGUUCCUGGUCGUCGUCGCCGCGGCGCGCGCCGCCACGGAGGACUGCACGCGGGCCGUCUUCGAGCUGCGGCUCGACGCCGCCGUCGCGCGCCAGGCCCAGGAGGACGUUUUAGCCGGCUGGACCAUGGUGCCGAGGGACGCCGACGACGCCGUCGCCGGCGACGACGCGCUCGUCCUCGCGAGGUCGGCGAACUGGCGCACGGCGACGUCCGAGGUCUGCGCCCCGGACGGCGACUUCGAGCUCGUCGUGCAGCCCGCGGACGCGUGGGCGUGCGACGCGUUCGACGGCGUGACGGCGACGUGCGGCGCGCCGACGAGUUCGCCGACGUCGACACCCUCGGCGCCGCCGUCGGCCGCGCCCUCCCGGGCGCCGCUGCCCGCGCCGACGACGCGCGCCCCCACCGCGGCGCCGUCCGUGCCCGCGCCGUCGCCCGCGCCGACGAAUCGCCCGAGCGCGGCGUGCGUCGUGUCGACGCUGACGUUGGAGAAGCAGGGCUCCUGCGACGGGCCCAGCUGCGCGAUCUUGAACACCUUCGACUAUGCCACGGAGCUCCCGCCGCACUGCGCCGUCGAGGCGGGCGCGCUCUCGGCGACGUUCGAGGGAGACCUCGGCGGGGCCGCCGUCGUGGCCCUGAACGCCACGCACCAAGGCUUCUCCGGGGCGGCCUUCGGCGGACGGUCCUGCGACGCCGCGGACCUGGGGACGAGCGCGCUCGACGGCUGCAGCGCGGGCGAGGUGUACGGCUGCGGGCCGGCGACGGACGUGACGUUUCCCGUUCCCGCGACCGCGACGGGACUCGUCGUCGGCGUCUUCGGCGACGCGGCCGUGUCGUCCUGCGACGACAGCCCGGCGCUGUCCACGACCCUGACGCUCGACGCCGAGGUCUGCUGCCUGGCGCCGUCCGCGGCGCCGUCCGCGGCGCCCACGGCCGUGCCCGCGCCCGCGCCGACGGCCGCGCCGACGACGCUCGCGCCGUCGGCGACGCCGACGGCCGCGCCGCUGCCGGCGCCGACGGCCGCGCCGCAACCGGCGCCGACGGCCGCGCCCACCGGCGCCCCGGCGCCGGCGCCGACGGCCGCGCCGCAGCCGGCGCCGACGGCCGCGCCCUCGGAGACGCCGACGGCCGCGCCGUCGCCGAACCCGAAACCCGCGCCGACGCCCGCGCCGUCCUUCGCGCCGACCUACGCGCCAUCCAUAGCGCCGUCCUUCGCGCCGUCGAACGCCCCGCAGCCCGCGCCGACGCCGACGCCCACGGACGUCCUCAGCAACUCGUCGCGGCCGACCGGUACUCCGACGCCGUGGCCGACGCGCGCGCCGUCCGCCGCGAGGACGCCGGCGCCGUCCCUGCGGCCGUCGACGUCGACCCCGAGCCUCCCCCCGACGGCGACGCCGCCGCUCUCCCUCGCGCCGGCGCCCCUGCCGUCGGCCGCGCCGAGCAGCCUCUGCGCGUUCGCGUUCCGCGUGUCCUUCGCUGUUUCCUUCGAGGGCGGCGCGUGCGUCCUGGACUUUGUCGCGGCACCGUCCUUGGCCCCGACGAUCAACGUCUCCGCGUCGUCGUCGAGCGACGACGACGACUGCGACGAGGCCUUCCUGGGGCUGUGCUGGGUGCCCUGGGGCGCUCUCGUCGUCGCGGUCGCGGGCGUCGUCUUUCUCGUCUGCGUCGCGGGCGCUUUCGCGGCCUGCGCCGGGGGCGGCGCGGCCCCGAAGACCAUCGAGACGAAGCCGACGUUCACGCCGUCGGACGCGCCGCCGCCCGGCCGGCCCCUCGUGCCGCCGGAGACGACGUACCCGCCGGACGACGGCGGCGCCGAGGAGGAGAAGGCGAGCCCCGUGCGCCCGCUGGUCUACGAGCCCGAGGAGGAGUCCAUCGUCCCGCUGGACGAGCCCCUGGCGCCGCCGACGCCCGUGACGCCCUUCGUCUUCGAGGACGUGGAGCCCCGGGAGCGCGCGCUCGUGCCGCCGUCGCCGGGGGCAGGGCAGCAAAAGGGUGAUUCAACGCCCGGCGCGCGGCCGCCGGUGGACGCGCCGACGUACACGCCCGUCCAGGACUUCGCCUACCGCGUCCGGGGCAGCCCUCGGACGCCGGCCUACAGCGCCUACGGCCUCGCGCCCGCCGCGGGCCACCUCGCGCCGCUCCCGCGGUCGACGCCCAUCUCCGAGUUCGACGCGAGGCGGAACAGCUGGAUCGACCCGGCCGCGCCGCCGGUGAACAGCAACCGCCGGGCCGGCGAGCUCCUGCCCCGGCCGCCGACCUACGCGACGCCGACCUACCGCAGCCCGGGGCCCUACCACACGCCGUCGCGCCCGGGCUCCUCCCGCGCGCCGGCGACGCCGCUCACCGCGUCCACGCGCGGCGACCGGCCGCCGCCGCCGCCGGAGCCCUCCUUCUGGGCCCGGCGCCGCGGCGGCGCCUGUGCGCCCGUGCGCGUGCCGCUCAUCGAGCUGCAGACGAUGCCGAUGCUGCACAAGAUGUGCUACGCUCUGCUGCUCGCGGCCUCGGUCGCCGCGCUCGACGCGCCGCGCGUCCCGGCGCGCGCCGCCCUGCGGCGCGCCGUCGGGUCCUGCGUCGCGAGCGCGUCCCUCGCCGCCGGGGCGUUCGGCGCCUGCGCCGCGACGCCGGCGACGGUGACGCGCUUCGAGGGCGAGUACGCCGACCAGCUGCACCCGCUCUGCGAGCGGCGCAUCACCGUGGAGGCGCUGGACACGAAGCCGCGGCGCUACGUCGCGCAUUUUUCCGGCACGGACGUCGGGCCCCGGGGGAUCGGGCCGCUCGUCGUCAUCGCGUGCGACCAGGCGAACAUCGACAAGUACAAGCUCCGCGAGUGGGCCUUCGACGGCGAGAUCAAGGGCGACGAGAUCUCCGCCGGCGACGGCGUCCACGAGGGCCGGUGGAACCAGCCGAAGAAGGACUCGCCGAACCCGUGGACGGGCAUCCGCUGGGCGGACGGCAACCGGUGGAUCCUCAAGGAGGAGGCGCCGAAGACGUAA